GUCGGGCGGCGGCGGCAGCGGUUUUUCGGAUAAUGGAUGUUGAUUCCGGUGCUCAGGAUAUGGAUGUCAAGUCCUCCGAAGAAGGCGCGUCCGUGCCGAUGGACACCCUCGACUCUUCGGGCGCGGAGGUAAAGGGGAAAGAGAAAGAGGAACUUAAUCAGUCGAUGGAGAAGUUGAACAUGGUGGAGUCGUCAUCCGGGCAGCUGGGGAUGCCAUUCAAGAGAAAGCCUGUCAUCAUCAUUGUUAUCGGCAUGGCAGGCAGCGGAAAAACGACAUUUAUGCACAGGCUUGUUUGCCACACGCAAGCUUCAAAUCUCCGGGGUUAUGUCAUUAACCUUGAUCCUGCAGUAAUGACCCUCCCAUUUGGUGCCAAUAUCGAUAUAAGAGACACUGUGAAGUAUAAAGAAGUGAUGAAGCAGUUCAAUCUUGGGCCCAAUGGUGGCAUUCUGACAUCACUUAACCUGUUUGCCACAAAGUUUGAUGAGGUUGUAUCGGUUAUUGAGAGGCGAGCAGAUCAGCUUGAUUAUGUUCUGGUGGACACUCCAGGUCAAAUUGAGAUUUUCACGUGGUCCGCUUCCGGAGCUAUUAUAACAGAAGCAUUUGCUUCCACCUUUCCUACUGUUAUUACUUAUGUGGUUGACACACCUCGAUCAGAAAGCCCUGUUACUUUUAUGAGCAACAUGCUCUAUGCUUGUAGUAUCCUCUACAAAACCAGGUUGCCUUUGGUGUUGGCAUUUAAUAAGACUGAUGUGGCUCAACACCAAUUUGCUUUGGAGUGGAUGGAAGAUUUUGAGGUAUUUCAAACGGCGCUGGAUUCAGAUCACUCGUAUACAUCUACAUUAACCCGAAGUCUUUCACUUGUGCUGGAUGAGUUCUAUAAGAACUUGAAAUCAGUUGGAGUUUCUGCUAUUUCUGGUGCUGGUAUGGCUGAGUUCUUUAAAACCAUUGAGGCUAGUGCUGAGGAGUACAUGGAGAACUACAAGGCUGAACUUGACAAGAGGCGAGCAGAGAAACAGCGCUUGGAAGAAGAACGCCGGAGACAGAACAUGGAAAAGCUGCGGAAGGAUAUGGAGAAAACUGGGGGAGAAACUGUGGUUUUGAGCACGGGGUUGAAGGAUAAAGAAGAAAAGAACAAGGAUUUGAUGGAUGAGGAACAUGAAGAUGAAGAGGAGGAAGAUGUAGAUCGUUUUGAGAGAUUCAGCGAGGAGGAUGAAGAUGUAAUAGAUGAGGACGAAGAUGAGGAAGUUGGGAGAUUCUCCUUUUAACACCAAAUCGCUGGUGAUGAAAAUUUUAACCAUUGACUAUAUGUAUAGGAUUUCCGGUGGCUAUUGAUCCCCCCCCAUCUAUACUGUAACAGACUUAACAUUGUCGUGGUGUAGGCGCAUGAAGUGUUUUGGUCUUAGCUGUGUAUGUCUGACAGAUGAUACCUUUGAAUUUUUGAGGUUUAUCUUUGUGGGCGGCAAAUGCAUAUAAUUGAAUAUCUUUAUGCUGUGGUAAUCAAAGUGACAAUGUGUGUGAUCCUA